AUGUCCGGGGCGAAGGACCUGCUCUUCCGUGGACUGCUGGCAGUUGCUCUGAUCUGGGCCCUGCAAGUGGGCCAGGAAAUCUACAAGGAGAGCAGAGCGCGGGAACUGAAAAAGCCGCAGGAGUCGCAGGAGGUGGCGGGGAGUACCCAGCAUGAACUCCUGCACGGAGCGCUUCGCUUCGGAGGUAUGCUGGUCGCCCAGCUGCUCUUCCGGUAUCUAUUUGCUCCAGUAGCCCGAGCAAUGAUUCCGAAGAAGCCGCGAUGGUCCUACCAAGUCUGGGGCGCCAAGGUCACUCGCUGCUGCGACUCGAUUUUCAAGUGCUGCUACUACUGCGCUAUGACUACAUGGUGCUAUGCACUUCUCAGAGACCAGCCGUGGCUGCCACGUCUACUGGGCGGCAGCGGGGAUACACGCCACUGUUGGCGAGGCUAUCCUUACCAGGAUCUCUCUUCAGAACUCUGCAGCUUCUACCUGACUGCGGUAGGCUACCAUCUGUCCGAGGUAGUCAUGCUGCUUCUAGAGGUGAGGCAUCCGGAUUUCUGGGAGAUGCUCCUGCACCACAUAGUCACGUGUUGCCUGGUGGUUUUCUCAUACGGGCUCAGCUACAUCCGCAUUGGCAGUUUGGUGUUGCUCCUCCAUGGGGUGACCGACAUUUUCGUCUACCUUUCCAAGGCACUGGUCGACACGCCCAACACGCGAUGCAUAGUUGCUUCGUACUUUGCGCUGGUGGCUUCCUACAUUUGGUUCAGAAUCAUUGUCUUCCCAGUUUCCAUAAUGAGGAGCGUCUGGGUGGAGAGCAUUCCGGAGGCGAGUCCUGAGCGAAUCGUUUCCUGGGGUUUCAUCAACUUCGGCUUAUUCACCCUCUUCCUCUUGCACAUGUAUUGGUUUGGCAUGAUCCUGAAGAUCGGCACGUACUACAGGCAGACGGGACAAGCCAGAGACCUUCAGUCGAAUCUCUCUUCCAUGGACAUGGACAAGAAGCGGACAUGA